AUGCGCGGGGGCUGUGCCGGGUGGGGAAACUUUUCCAGCCAUGCGUGUCCAGCCCCGGGGAACGGCAAAGCUGAUCACUCUUGGUUUCCCCCGUCCGCGGAGGGGAGACGGGGCUGGCUCGGCGCCUCUCCCCAGCCGCGGGAGCGGGGGGCGGCGGGACCCCGCGGUGCCCCCGCGGCCGCCACCUGUUGCGCUGGCCCUUUAAGCCAGCCCCUCUGCUGCUGCGAGUACGUGGACCGGAGGGGCCGGAGGAACCACCUGGCGGCGUGCUGCUGCGACUGCGAGGACCUGGACGAGGGCUGCGAGAGGUGGCUGACGUGCAAAUCCCUGGCCCCGGGAACUCUGGAAAGAAUUGCGGACACCGUGGCGGACCGGGUGAGGGUCCCUUGGUUCGCGGGGGCCGUGAAGAUCAACGUCAGCCUCGUGCCGCCUCUCGUCCUGCUGCCCGUCUUCCUCCACGUUGCCGCUCUGCACUUCCUGCUGGGUCUCCUCAUCCUGACAUCGCUGCCCGUGCUGGUGCUGUGGUAUUACUACCUCACCCACAGGAGGAAGGAACGGACUCUCUUCUUCUUGAGCCUGGGGCUCUUCUCCUUGGGCUACAUGUACUAUGUCUUUCUCCAGGAGGUGGUUCCUCGAGGCCACGUGGGCUAUUCCCAAGUGGUCGCCCUCACCUGCGGGUUAAUUCUCAUGCUUGCGGCCCUGUCUCGAGCCAAGAAAGACCCUGGCUACCUUCCCAUCCCGGCAAGCAACGAGAAGUCAUUGCACCAGGGUUUGCCCAACAAGAGUGUUAGAGGGAGCUCCAACGGGCUCCGUGGCGUCACCAUGUCAGGAACUGCCAGCGGCCGUGCUGUGAACGGAGAGGCCAAAGGCUAUUCCAGGAUGUCAGCUGGGGAGCCAGAAGGUGUGAAAAAGGACUGGUGCGCUAAAUGCCAGCUGGUCAGACCAGCCCGAGCAGGGCACUGCCGGCUUUGCGGCAGGUGUGUAAGGAGACUGGACCAUCACUGUGUCUGGAUUAACAGCUGUGUAGGGGAGCAGAACCACCAAGCAUUCAUCCUUGCACUCUCCUUCUUCAUGCUUACCUCUGUAUAUGGGAUUACGUUGACCUUGCACACCAUCUGUAGGGGACGAACUCCGUUUGUGGCAUUGUUCUACUGCCCCGGGGCCUAUUCCGACUACAGCUCUGCUCUGUCGUUCACCUGUGUGUGGUACUGUGCCAUUGUAACAGCUGGCAUGGGAUACAUCCUCCUUAUCCAGCUGUUGAACAUCAGCUACAACGUGACCGAGAGGGAAGCUCGGCUGGCUCUGCGGGACAACACUGGGCGCAGGCUCCUGGGUGGGUUAGUGAUAGACACUGGCCAGUAUAACAGGGGUUUCCUAUGCAACUGGGGCCAUUUCUUGAGCCUAGGGUCUUCUCCUCCACAGCGCUCUGCUGAAGACAUCGUGUGACACCCUCUUUCUGCAGAUGAUGUUGACUGACUUUCUUUAGCAGGGGAAUGGUCCCUUCCACUAGAACUCCCUUCUCCCACACCUUUCCUUCGUGGUCGGUGUUUGGGCUGCCUGUCCCGUGACUGACAACAUCAGAGGCUUUCCCAGGCAGAAUGGUUCUUCGUGUGCUGUCAGCCAGCAAUAGGAUGCAGAAAGCGGUAAGCCAUAUGCACAAACCCGGAAAGAAGGAGCCUGCUGCCUUUUUCCAUUGUGGGAAACUUUGUGCAGCUCAGCUCAACAGGAAGAAGAGCACAAGGUUUUGAGAACUUGAGUUUUUGUUACGUGCGAACCCUGGCAUCAAGAGGAACCUGCGGCUGGACUUCAGAGCGUGCACUCGUACCUGCAAAGGUUAAGGAAUCCAUGGCUUGUACCUACGUGCGACAUUCCAGAGAUGUCAGGAAGGUGGACUUUUGAUACAGGUAACAGAUGGACCACUGUAGAAGCCAGGCUGUUUGGCU